CCUCCAUAGUCUUCUCCUCUCCUCUCCAAUGGAAGAUGCUAAUAUUGAGCUGAUUUUCAUUCCUGCCGCUGGAGUGGGUCACCUUGUUUCUGCCCUCCAAACCGCGAAGCUCCUCCUGCAAAGACAACCUCAGCUCUCCAUCACUGUCUUGAUGAUGAAACUGUCUUUCGCUCCCGAUGCCAACAUUAAUUCUUACAUCGAUUCUUUGCUGGCCGGUGACAAGGAUAUGAACCCUAGAUUGAAGUUCGUUCUACUGCCUGAGGACCUGGAAGCUUUGAAGGGCCACACCGACAUCCUUUCCAUGUUCAAAGCCUUCAUCGAAUCUCAGAAGGCUAUAGUGAGAGACUACUGCGUUAAUGAAAUCCGCAAGUCCUCGGCUAAGCGGCUAGCGGGGUUUGUUGUGGACAUGCUGUGUACCUCCAUGAUGGAUGUGGCUGAGGAGUUUGGGGUCCCCACUUACGUGUUCUACCCUCCCGGUGCUUCCAUGCUCGGCCUUCAAUUCCAUCUCCAGACCCUCGUAGACGACCAUGGUGAAGAUGCCUCGGAGUUUAAGGAUUCCGACCCUGAUCUCAAUAUCCCUACACAUUCCAAACCCUUUCCGGUCAAGUUACUGCCCAAGGUUUGGGCGGAAUUCUUUGAAACUUCCAGGCAAAUUCGACGGGCCAAAGGCAUCAUCGUCAACACCUUCUUCGACUUAGAGCGGCAUGCACUCGAAUCUCUCUCUAAUGAUAAAAGAGUUCCACCCAUCUACCCUGUAGGACCCAUAUUAAACCUAGACCAUCAUCCCAAGAAGAAUCAACAAGAUUCCGUGAACCAUAUCUUGAAAUGGUUGGAUGACCAACCAGAUUCAUCAGUUGUGUUCCUUUGCUUUGGAAGCGUCGCUACUUUUCCCGAGUCUCAAUUGAAGGAGAUAGCCUAUGCACUUGAAAGUAGCGGCCAAAGGUUCUUAUGGACCUUGAGAAAGCCACCAGGUCCAGGUUCAAUAAUUGCCACCGAGUAUAGCAAUCUCGAAGAGGUCCUGCCGGAAGGAUUCUUGGAAAGAACUAAAAAUAUUGGAAAAGUUAUAGGAUGGGCACCACAAACUGCAGUUCUAGCUCACCCUGCUGUGGGAGGAUUCGUGUCUCAUUGUGGAUGGAAUUCGGCUUUAGAGAGUAUUUGGUUUGGAGUUCCAAUGGCCGCUUGGCCAAUAGGCUCAGAUCAACAAGCACAUGCGUUCGUAUUGGUAAGAGAUAUAGGAAUGGCAGUGGAAAUUAAGAUGGAUUAUAGAACAGAUUCAAGAGAUCCAACAAUACAUUUACCAAUAGUUCCCGAAAAUGUGAGUGCAAAAGAAAUAGAAAUGGGAAUCACAAGUCUUAUGGACCGCUCUACCACAAAUCCUAUAAGAAUAAAGGCUAAAGAACUUAAAGAAAAGAGUAGGAAGGCAUUAGAGGAAGGUGGCUCAUCUUUCAAUUUUCUUGAAAGUUUUAUUGAAAAUGUCAUGAACAAUCUCAAUUAAGUUAUUAUCAAAUUAUUAUCAAAGAAUGUGAAGAGAUAGUGUCAUAAUAAUAAAGGAUUGAAAUGAUGACACGUAAUAAAUGGAUCCAGCCUUGCAUGCUUUUUAUUUUA